UCAAAUCCACCGCCGGAUCUGGGAAGACAAUAGGUGAAACAUACGCCGGUGUGGACUCCCGAGACAACGCUAAACCAGAGUCUGCGUCCGCUUGGGCUUCACCAGUGUCCGUGUGAGGAAUCGGGUUAGAGACUGAAGUGACAGCCGGCAGGCAGGCAGCUGCAUCAGGAUGGCAGCCGUAGUGAACUACUCUCCACCUUGGUGGGUGAAUCUGCUCCACCGGUUGCCUCAUUUCAACAUCGAAUUCCAAAUGGUGAGCAGCGACUUCAGGCCGGAGGACUCUGAGUACCAGAAGUCUGUUUUGCUGCUCGGUGCUGUGGCUUUGGUGUGUUUGGCCCUGGACCUCCUCUUCCUCCUCUUCUACUCGUUCUGGCUUUGCUGCCGGCGACGUAAGAGCGACGACUCCUCGCACUCCCAUACGCACUCCCAGCAGCCCAGCGCCGACUGCUGCUGCACUGCUUGGUGCGUUAUCAUCGCCACACUCGUCUGCAGCGCUGGCAUCGCUGUAGGAUUCUAUGGAAACGGGGAGUCGAGUGAUGGAGCCAAUCGUUUGGCUUACUCCCUCCGUCAUGCCAACCGCACCAUAUCUGGGGUGGAGAAACUGGUGUCAGACAGUGCCCUAGCCUUAAACCAGACCGUGGAGGAGAGCUUGGUCCAAUUAGAAACAGCCUUCCAGGAGCAGACGGACUACGUGUCCAUCGUCCAAAAGCUGCAGGGACAGCUGGACGAGCUGGUGAGGUUGAUGGUCGACGUUCCCUUCUGGUCAAAUACUGACAUCUCCCUGGAGGACUUGGCACGCAAGACGGAGGCUUUUGACUUUUACAGGUGGUUGGGGUACCUUGGCCUGCUGCUGUUCGACGUACUCAUUUGUCUUCUGGUGCUCUUCGGUCUGAUACGCAACUCUAGAGGCACUCUGAUUGGAGUAUGCCUGCUGGGGGUACUGACUCUGAUCAUCAGCUGGGGGUCUCUGGGCCUGGAACUGGCUGUCGCUGCUUCAGCCAGCGACUUCUGCGUUUCCCCGGAUACAUACAUCACCAGGGUAACCAAGGAAAACGCUGUCAUCAACCAAGAUAUCCUGCAGUACUACCUGAGGUGCAGCUCUGGACAAAUUAACCCCUUCCAGCAGAGGCUGUCAGGGAGUCACAAAGCAUUGGUGGAGAUGCAGGAUGAUGUGGCAGAGCUACUGAGAUCAGCAACACGUGAUUAUGCCAACACCAAGGGGAGUCUUGAGCAAAUCCAGUCUGUGCUGAAUUCUACUGAGGUUGGUCUUCACCAGCUGACUGCUCUGGUUGACUGUCGCAGCCUACACAUGGACUACGUCCAAGCAUUGACCGGGCUGUGUUACGACGGCGUGGAGGGUCUCAUCUACUUGGUUCUCUUCUCCUUCGUCACCGCUCUGAUGUUCUCCUCUAUUGUGUGCAGUGUGCCACAUACCUGGCCUGGCAAGAGGACGGAUGAGGAAGACGGAGAGGACGAGUCGGGUGCCUCCCGCGGCGGUGUGCACGAUAACCUGUACCGCGUUCACAUGCCCAGUCUCUACAGCUGUGGCUCCAGCUACGGUAGCGAAGCUAGCCUGCCCGCUACCGCCCACACUGUCAGCAAUGCCCCCGUCACUGAAUACAUGAGCCAGAACGCAAACUUUCAGAACCCUCGGUGUGAGAACACCCCCCUGAUUGGCAGGGAGUCCCCUCCACCCUCUUACACCUCCAGUAUGAGAGCGAAGUACCUGGCAACCAACCGACCAGACCAGAAUCGACGCUCCGUUCCCAACGACCAACUGGAUCCCGCUAGCCGGCCUCACCCUGCCGCCCGACCACAGUCCUCAGUCCACUAGAGACCAGUUCAACCCCCCCAGUUACUGCCUGAAUCCAGUUCUCACAGCCAACAGCAAAGACCCGACGCGGCGCUCACACCGGAGCUCAACCAGAGCCCAGCGCCUUGAAGCACCAACAGGACCCCGGUUCGUCAAGGUCCACAGAAUAUCACCAACACCUGACCGGUUCACCAGAAACAACACAGCAAAGCCUGAACUCAUCAACCAGGCUCCACAGCACAGGACAGCACUUUGAAGGUCAACUUCUACAUCUCACCCACAGUUACCCAAAGUAAUCCAUCAAAGCCAGUCACAGAAGAUUUCUACUUCUCCUCUUCAUGGACCCCAGCUGCUUGUUCCACCAGCGCUGUGGUGGAUCAGCCCUCGGACCCACAACGCACAGCAACAAAAGCACCUCGCCACAGUUUCUUCUGCUUUUCAACCGUCUCUUUCUCCGCUGGAAUCUGUGCACUUGCCUUCCAGCGGAGGCAUCUUCGCCGCUCUCACCGUUCAACCCCCGACGCUUUUACGUUCAGAGCGCACACUCACACACAGACAAGCGCACACACAAAGCACACACACGCUGUACAGAGCUGUAAAUAGUGAUCAUGUGCUUUAUUCUGAUUUCAUAAAAAGUAGACUGUUGAAUCCUUUCUGGUUAUGUGGUGUGCUGCGUGUUUAUCAUGAAAAUUCUUGCUGUUUCUUCUCACACAAACACACACACACACACACACACACACUCAAAUAGGCGGAUACUCUAACCGAACACUCAUCUGUAUAAAAUAAUAAGCCAGUGAAACAGAAAGCCAUGUUUAGAUAGAAACUGAACUGUGUCAACACAUCCACAUUCUCUCUCUUUAGCUUAACAUUGUCGUCUAAGACUUGAAUCGUGAGCUCUAAAAACUGUGUGUCCGUGUCUCUCUCCAUACUUGUUAAGGUGCACAUACAGUACACGCAUUGAUCGAUGCGUUUUUGAACAUGAGCCAGGAAUUCUGUAGUGAAAUAACCGCUUUCGGAUUUUGAGAGAUGGAGUCAAGAGACAGCGGACAUAAGAAGGCUCAACCUGUGCCAAAAAACUGAAUAAUAAAAUGAGGGAUGCCUGAUUCUGUCCUACUGCCUCCGGUUGUGUCACAAAAGGGAAGAAAAAAAAAAAAAAACAACCCUCACAUGGAAGGCUUUCCGGUAAAAAGGGAACAGAAAAGACGCUUGAAAAGGGAAGCAGUGGACUGAUAAUCGUGACUACACAUUUGUAAGGUGCUAUGUGAAGCAGUCAAGGACCCAGAAGAUGAUCAGGACUGAGGAGGGACAGUUUUUUUGUUUUUGUUUUUUUUUACUUUCAUGUUGUUGGUUUUUUUUCCAUUCAGGGAUGUGAUCAGGAAUAUAAAAAGCAGUUUAAAAAAAAAAAAGAAGCAUCAUUGCAGAAUGGAAAUUGUGUCCCGGAACCUGAAAAAAGAAAUCAUGUCCCUGAUUAAUAUUGUUACAUAGAAGUGUUCAAAAAUGCAGGACAGUGGGUGUUUUUGUUUUUGUUUUUUAUCAUAAGCUAACAUUCAGGAUGUGAUACUGUGACCAACUGUAGUAUUCUGUUCUGUUCUUCUUUACUGUUAUUUCUCUCUUCCUGUGUUUUUUUUUUUUUUUUUUGAUCAGCCUUUAGCCAUCCAUAGUCUUUUUUUUCUUUCUUUCUUUUUCCUUUUUUUUUAAACCCACAAGCACAAAUUCUCUUCAAGGUGACUUUGUGAGCUGGAGAAGUAAACCUCACUGCCUGGGACACUGCCAGUGGCUUUUUCCUCCCGCUCCGAAACUCUGUGUACAGUGUAUAAAAACAGUCGUCGUGAACCCGUGUGUGUGUGACAGCGUGAUUGGCUGUCGCUCUAUCUCAGUGUUACUCUGUGUGAGUACGGUGAUCAAGUGUGUCCGACCGGCCGCAAGCGAAAGGCCGAUCUAGCCUGAGUCAUUUCUACAUUGACGCUGCGCACACACACACACCUAUACGCAAGCACACAUACAUGCUUUACAGACACACACACACACACACUUAUUACACACUGCAGUAUCAUGUAAAAUCCAUCUUUUCCCAACUUUUGUCCUGUUUACAUUCACAUCUAGAGUAACUGCACGCCCUCCCACACUGAUAACCAUUUGCAUUAUGGGUGAUGUAGUAGGUAGUAACUGCAUUUCAGAGACCCCCCCACCCCACCCACUCCCCCCCAAAUCUGGUAGGCAACUGAGCGAGCAGAGCCCUAACAUUCAGCCACCAUUCCUGUACAGCAUUUUAAUAUCGUAUUAUUAAUCAAUGACCACUUCUCGUAUUAGCGAGACAAUCUUACAUGUGUGAUUUUACUAGAAAGGAAAUGUCCAUGUUAUGGUAACAAUGCUACCUAUGGUCUAGUACUUUACAGUGUUUUGUUUUUUGCACCAUUGAUGCAAACAAUGUUAAGAUCUGUGGGACUAGUCACUGUUAAAUGGCCUUUCAUAAUGUUUUUAAACUCUUACAACACUCUUCAUAUCACAACAUGUUUUUGUUUUUUUUGUUUGUUUUUUUUUUCUCUGUCUUGUAAAAAAAUCAGACUUUAAAGAUAAAAAUAAUAGCUAGCUGUUUUGUAGGAGAAUAAAGGCAAGAGCAGCGUUUUUCCUCUCUUAUUAAUGGUGAAUGACUCUCUGUCUUGCAAUGUUUUAAUAAAACUAUUCCAGUGUAGUCUGCACUCCUGGCUUCAAGUUGCAUUUGAAGUCCUGCACAAUACUUUCUGAGAUUUGACCAAUCUGGUAAAGUGCGUCUUAACGGGGGGUUAAAGGAAAAAAAAAAGAGCCGAGCUCAUGUUUAAGAGUCGAUCAUAUGUGCGUGUGUGUGGUAUUUACAGGAUUUCAGAUACACUUCUAUCCAGACGUGACAGACCAACAAUGUUUUCUAUGGCUGUUUUUAUUUUCUGAUGGUUUAACUAAGAUAUUAAUGAUAUACAUGUCGAAACUGUGGUAAUGAUAUCAUUCAGCCUGGAAUAAAUGUUUUAAAAAAAAGAAAUUAAAGCAACUUUAACGUA